AUGAAGCGUCACUGGUGGAAGCCCAGAGGCCCAGAAAACAAGGUGCACGGAAGGUUCAAGAGUCAAAUCUUGACGCCCAAGAGGCGACGGGAGGAACAAGGAAACAAAUCAUGCUGCUCAGUGACUUCUGCAGGUUCCUGGUGCACGAGUCAAAGAGAAAAAGUGCUUCGGGUACGCAACGAGUCUCACUGUGCUGAGAGGCCUCACAAAGCCGCCUCCAGACACAGCGGAACCGUGGUGGAAAGGGCAGAGCAGUGCCACCGAGUCACCGGCCCCCACAACGGGCUGCACAGCGCGGAGAAGGGAUGGCCCGCCAGCCUGUGUGCGCCUGCGCUGUGUUAA